UUGAUAAAUUCUCUUGAGCAUACGCAUCAAGAAAAUGUUCUCUUCGUGAUUCAAUUGAAACUGUACAGUGCAGUUGUUGCGGUAUGGCUGACAUGGGCUUAAGUUUAGAUGACAUAAUUAAAAAGACUAAACCUUCAGGCAUGAGAAACAGAACAGGUGCCCGUCGAGGCUUCAACAGAGGAUCACGCGCCAAUGGUUCCAUAAGAGGUCGUGGCGCCCAUGCUCUCACAGAUGCACGUUUCAAGAUAAUACAAAAGAAUCGUGAGAAACUUACGGAUGCUAGAGAUAAACUUGCAGAGAUCGCUAAACAAAGUGAUGCAAGAUUGAAAUUAGAUAAAAUACGAGCCUCACAUUUGAAAAGGAUAGAAACUCAAGUUCCUGGAAUAUCACGGAAAACUGGUAGAAAUGGUAGGCUUUCCUUGUCGACUAAUAAAAUUCCACCUAUGAUGCCGCAUGUAAUGCCACCAAACAACUAUAUGCCACCACCAUCUAGAACGAUAGGUUACAGACCCCCUUCUCUAGCAGAAUCUCACUAUUCUGGUGAUAUGCCAAUUGAUUAUAAUGACGAUUACGCAGUAGAUAUCAUGCCUUUAAGACGAACUGUCAAUAAUGAUUACGCGCCAACGCCUCCGCCACCACCUCCAGUGUUCAGUAUUAAACCUUCGUCUCCGUACACAUGGGUAAAACCAACGGGUAAUAACGUAACAAGGAUUGUACCGUCUCGUAAAUCCGAUGUCGAGAGAGAAAGGGAAAGAGUGAGAGAUUAUAAAAUUAUGACGCAUCCAUUUAUGACAAAGACUGUAUCUCCUCCUUAUAAGGAAGACUGGUCCUUUGGUACAAAAUCACGGACUAUUUUAGCCGAAGAUUCAAUCGAUUCGAAGUAUUACGAGCCCAGAAGUCAAAGAGACAUAGGAGUAAAAUCACGUCUUGAUUCAAUUCCAAGUAAAUCAAGAACAAUGGAUCAUUUAUCUCGACCCAAAACUAGUUCGAGUUCGUCGAGUCAAUCGACCGGUUACAGAAUCGUAGUAUCCAACUUGCAAGCUAAUGUUACUCAAGAGGAUAUAAAGGAAUUAUUCGAGGAUGUGGGAGAAUUGCUUAUUUCUAGAUUAGUACGUCCAGGAACUGCAGAAGUUAUAUACAAAACAUUAAAGGAUGCUACUAAAGCGGUGGAAACUUAUCACAAUAGACAAUUGGAUGGUCAUCCGAUGAAAUGUUUACUCGUUAAUCCUAGACCAAAAAAUAAUCCAACUGGUCCAGCUGUCAGAUCAAUUUCGGAUUCAAGACGAAGCGUUAGUUCGAGUUACGUACAACCAAGUUUAGGAGCCGUUCAUCGUGCAUUAUUUGAUGAUCCUAAUUAAAUGUAUCGGACUUGUACGUGAGGUAUUCAUAUAAAAAUUUUAAUUAUAAUGCAACGGCGGUGCAUAAUAUUAGUAAAAAAAGAAAAGAAAAAAAAAACAAACAAAAAAACAAAAAAAAAAAGAAUAAAGCAAGAGAAAAGAGUUGACGAAGAUAUGAAAUUAAAGUGACAUGAGUGUUGCUUGAAAUUUUUUAUGUAUUAAAUUAAAUCAAAAUAAAAUUCGAUAUCGCGAGCAAAUUUACUAGAGAAACAAGAAUUUCAUUGUUUCAUAAUUCAUUAUUCAUUAAUUGUAAUCUCUCUCGAGCGAAUCAUGGUUUGAAAUUGGAAUUGUGUUUAGUAAUCGAAGAUCAUUAUUAUGCCCUAUUUCGUUGUAUAAUAAAAAGAAGAAAUAAACUAAUAAAACAUA